AUGGAAGAAACCCUGUUGACGACCAAGUUGUGUGCGAUCUGUCAUGUCGGGCCAUCGAAAUAUACCUGCCCACGAUGUAAACUGAAAACAUGUUCUCUCCCGUGCUCCAAACGGCACAAAGUUCAAAAGUCCUGCAGUGGAGAACGCGAUCCAACUGAAUUCCGAAAACGGACAGACCUCCAAACACCCCUGUCUCUCGACCUUGACUAUAACUACCUCACCGGCAUCGAACGCACACUCGACAAUGCCGCCCGCACCACCACCUCUCAACCCGACUCCAGCGGCCGCUUCGCAUUCUCGAGCCAACAAACAAGGAAACAAGUCACUCGGAACGGCGUCCGACAAGUCCUAGCACCACAAGGAAUGAAACGAGCGCGAGAAAACAAAACAAGCUGGAACCAGAAGAGAAAGGUGUUGAGUUGGACUAUCGAGUGGAUCUUUCUCACACAAUCCACCGGGCAAGAAAUCAGGAUCUUGGAUGACCGGGUUCCGGAUACAGAGAUCCUUUCCGAAGCCGCGGCGAAGCAGUUAGAGCAAGAGGCGUUAACGGCGCAUUUCUCGGAAGACGCACCCUUUGCUUUACACUAUCUACUGCGAGACGUCAACUCCCCCGCCAGAGCAGAGGCAUACAUCCAGCUGGACCCAGAACAGAACUUCAAAGAUAACCUCCGCAACUGUACCGUCCUCGAGUUCCCCACCAUCGUCGUCGCACGGGAAGUCCCACCCCAAUUCACACUCGUCCCAAAACCACAACAUGACGAACACCCACAAGAAAUCCGUCAGCCGAGGACCGAGAGAGAAGAAGAACCGAGGGCGGAGGAUGUGGUCGAUAUGGCCGAUGUAGUCAAAAGUCUCGUCAAGGAUGAUUUGGCGUAUAUCGCAGGUAUGGCGGAUGAUGCUCCUGUCCCUGGAGUUGCCGGCGCCGGCGCUGGAAAGACUUUCAAAGAGGAAGAGGUUGUGGAGACGUCGUCAUCUGACGAUUCGUCUUCGGAGGAGGAUAGUUCGAGUGAAGAGGAGGAGGAGGAGGAGGAGGAGGAGGAGGUGAAGGUGGAUGCUCCGGAGACCAGUGUACAAGGGGAGGGUGAACAUGUUCAGCCGGCAGACCUGGCGCCUCUGGUUGAGGGAACCGAGCCUGCCCUACCAGACCAGUGCAUUUGAAGUUUGAUGUUUGGGUUUAGUGAGGGAUUAUCCAUGAGGGUUCGACGCCUACGUCAUUGGCUGAUCGAAAGUAACCGUAAGGCAUCCUAAACCGGCAGUUGUGGACGAGCUGUUCUAAGUUACUACGGGGCUUUACAUCGAGCGGGGAUACCUAGCCUUUUUAGCACAAGUUUUAUAGCUGGCAAGCAAUCUCUCACGCAUCUAGUCCUGAUAACGCCGUAUGAAUCACAUUGUUAAAAAUAUGCCGGAUAUCCAUAUGAAGUAAUCCGAACCGAGAAACGCAACCGGGACCAUGUUUAGCCGUCGGCUGAUAUGCCUCUAUUCAUGUCAUGCCACAACCGCAUUUUGCAUCUUCACAUCACCAUCCAGGGCCUCCCUCGCCUCGGUUUCAGCACCAACAUCACACCCCAACCCAGCAAAAGCACUGAACAGCGCUUUCCGAAACACCU